CGCGAGCAGGCCGGUCUUGCCGUCGCGGCGCUGAUCCGAUUCAAUAAAGACGUGUUCGUGGGUCAGGUUAUGAUGGGCCCAACCGUGCGGGCUUUGGUGUCGAUGGGCUAUGUUCACUCGGUAGAGGUGUUGUGCUCGCUGAUCAGGUCUAUUAGGUCUCCUCUCGUGGACGAGAUCGAAUCGAACGGCGAGAUUCCGAGGGUGAUAGUGCUGUUGAAUUCCCGCGAUUUGCAGCUGCAGGUGCUGGCGUUGGAGUGUGUGUUGGAGAUUGGGUACUUCGGACGCAAGGAAGCGGUGGAGGCUAUGGUGAAGGAGGGGUUGGUGGAGAAGCUGGUAGAGUUGCAGAGGUCGGAGAACGGUGGCGAUUUGAUUGAGAUUGGGAAAGAAAGAGUUUGUGGGGUUUUGGAAAGACGCCCUUUUGCGAGCUGCGUAGCAAAGUUUGCGGUGCAGUUGGAGGUUGGGGAAGGGCUGCGACAGAGAGAGAAGAGGGCAGUUAAACCGGAGAUUUUGGUGAGAGUCAGAGAAGCUUCUCUUUUUGAUGCCGAAGUGCCACCAUUGCUGCUGAAGUUUUGUGGGGUUCUUCGCCAUAGAUUAUUUUCUGCAAACAAGACGGAGAAUAUAAAAACCAGUACACUUCAGUAA